AUGGCGUUUUCCAGACGCUCAACAGCGUCCCCUCCAUCGUCACCUCUCUCGGUCCUUUCACAGUCUCCCUCGCCCCCUUCACCCGCCAUGGAUGUUUCCAAUCGAUACCCAUCACCGAGUGCUAGCGCAACUACCUCGGGCAGCGCAACUCCACGGAAGUCAUACGACAUGCCAGACCUUUCGGGAGAGAUCCAGGUGCGGACAGACGGUCCCCCACCAACCAAGCGCCGUCGCGUCGCAGCCCCACGGCCCCGCACAACCAAGUAUGUCGACCUGGAGAAUUAUGACAAUGAGGACCAAGAGAAUCUUCAGAGGCUGUUGACAGCCCUGAGAAAGAAGAAGAAGAUUGUGGUGAUUGCGGGCGCUGGAAUCUCUGUUUCUGCAGGCAUUCCCGACUUUCGUUCAUCGACAGGACUCUUCACGACACUGCGCGGCCAACACAAGCUCAAGGCGUCUGGGAAGCACCUUUUUGAUGCCUCCGUCUACAAACACGACUCCUCCACCACCUCCUUCCACGACAUGGUCCGCGAAUUGUCGCAGAUGGCAUCUGAAGCCAAGCCAACGCCGUUCCACCACAUGCUGGCAUCCAUUGCCUCAGAGGGCCGGCUCAUGCGCUUGUACACUCAGAAUAUCGAUAGUUUAGAUACUCAGAUGCCACCGCUCGCGACGAAUGUUCCCCUGAACAGCAAAGGCCCAUGGCCAACGACGAUUCAACUCCAUGGCGGCUUGGAGAAAAUGGUGUGCACAAAAUGCAACCACUUGGAGACCUUCAACCCGUCGCUGUUUCAGGGCCCGGAGCCCCCACUCUGCGAGAAGUGCAAGGAGCAGGACGAAGUACGAACCGCUUUUGCGGGGAAGCGAAGUCACGGCAUCGGCAAGUUACGCCCACGGAUUGUGCUAUACAACGAAUACAACCCCGACGAGGAUGCGAUCGGGAUGGUUUCAAAGGCAGAUCUACGGAGAGUUCCGGACGCUGUUGUUGUGGUGGGGACUACGCUCAAAAUCCCUGGCGUGCGAAGACUCGUCAAGGAGCUAUGCCAGCUGACCCGGAGCAAGAGAGACGGCCUUACUGCCUGGAUCAAUCUUGACCCGGAGCCACAGGGCGUCGAAUUCAAGGAUUGCUGGGAUCUGGUCAUCAAAGCGAAGUGUGACGACGUCGCGGAAUUGGUCAACUUGCCACGUUGGGAUCAGCAAGAUAUAGGAGAUCGGGAAUCCUACAUGGUCACUGGGGAUGAGCUGAAGGAGAAGCGCUACGCCGCCAACCUAGAGCGCAAUAGAAUCGACAUCCUACUUGAGCGCAAGCGGAAAAGGACAGAAGACGAUGACGAUGGGUUCGAGUCAUCGCAGUCUUCGCAACCAUCUCAAUCUUCGCGGUCCUCGCAGGAAGUACAGACUCCCGGCAACCGCAAGUCGAAACUUUCCGAGCAAGGCGGUAUGCCGACGCCGAUUGCCAGUCCCAAGCUUCGCAAUGCCCUCCUUCCAGCGCCCAGGCUGAGGGGCAGACCCCCUAAACAGAGCACGCUCAGCUUUAGCACCACUAGAGCGGCCGAGCCCGCGCCUGCGACGCAAAAGGCCGCCCCCAAGAGAAAGCCGAGACAACCGAAGAAGGCAGCCCCCAAGCCCAAGAACAGGAUCAACCAGACGUUCAAAGCUACCAAAGCGGUGCCAAUCAGGGAAAUAAAGACCCCUAAGAAGCAGUUUUUGGACCCCGAUUCAUCCGACUUGUCCUCCCCGCCAGACGACUCACCUGCCGGUCUCCCAUCAUUACGGCCCAAGGAUCAAGUUCGACGGCCAGAACCGCUUGUACUCCCAGCUGCUGGGCUUACAUCUAGUCCACCGACCACGCCUACCAACCAAGAGUUUGUCGCUUCCGCUAUGAAGACGAUCUCCCCUGGUAGCAAGCCGAGGAGUAUGGGCCAUCUCAUUGAUUGA